GCUCGCCCGGGCUUCCCCGGGCUGGAGAGCGCGCCUGAGUGCCGCCGCCCGCCGGGCAUGGGGAGCCGCUUCCUGAGCGGCUGCGGCUGCGGAGGAGGAUGCUUUCGGCGAGCAGAGCGCUCGGAAGGAGUGAAUGAAAUGUGCAACUCGGGGUGUCAUUUCUGAAAGGAGGAGUCAUUUUCUUGAAGAGGAGUCCUCAAUGAGCCUGGCCGAGGCCCGGGAUCUGUGUGAAGUGGACUAAGGAUUUAGUAGGAUGUCAACUGAGACAGAACUUCAAGUAGCUGUGAAAACCAGCGCCAAGAAAGACUCCAAAAAGAAAGGUCAGGAUCGCAGUGAAGCCACUUUGAUAAAGAGGUUUAAAGGUGAAGGGGUCCGGUACAAGGCCAAACUGAUUGGAAUUGAUGAGGUUUCCGCAGCUCGGGGAGACAAGUUAUGCCAAGACUCGAUGAUGAAGCUCAAGGGCGUUGUUGCUGGCGCUCGUUCCAAAGGAGAACACAAACAGAAAAUCUUUUUAACCAUCUCCUUUGGAGGAAUCAAAAUCUUUGAUGAGAAGACAGGGGCCCUUCAGCAUCAUCAUGCUGUGCACGAAAUUUCCUACAUUGCAAAGGACAUCACAGAUCACCGGGCCUUCGGAUACGUUUGCGGGAAGGAAGGGAAUCACAGAUUUGUGGCCAUAAAGACAGCCCAGGCGGCUGAACCUGUUAUUCUGGACUUGAGAGAUCUCUUUCAACUUAUUUAUGAAUUGAAGCAAAGAGAAGAAUUGGAAAAAAAGGCACAAAAGGAUAAGCAGUGCGAACAAGCUGUGUAUCAGGUUCCCACCAGCCAAAAGAAGGAAGGUGUUUAUGAUGUGCCAAAAAGUCAACCUGUAAGUAACGGCCGUGCGUUUGAGGAUUUUGAAGAGCGGUUUGCCGCAGCCACCCCGAACAGAAACCUGCCGAUGGACUUUGAUGAGAUUUUUGAGGCAACAAAGGCUGUGACCCAAUUAGAACUUUUUGGGGACAUGUCCACCCCUCCUGAUAUAACUUCUCCCCCUACUCCUGCAACUCCAGGUGAUGCCUUUAUCCCGUCUUCAUCUCAGACACUUCCGGCGAGUGCAGACAUGUUUGGUUCUGUACCUUUUGGCACUGCUGCUGUACCCUCAGGUUAUGUCGCUAUGGGCGCCGUCCUCCCAUCCUUCUGGGGCCAGCAGCCCCUUGUCCAACAGCAGAUUGCCAUGGGUGCUCAGCCGCCAGUCGCUCAGGUGAUGCCGGGGGCUCAGCCCAUCGCAUGGGGCCAGCCGGGUCUCUUCCCUGCCACUCAGCAGCCCUGGCCCGCCGUGGCCGGGCAGUUUCCGCCAGCCGCCUUCAUGCCCACACAAACUGUUAUGCCUUUGCCAGCUGCCAUGUUCCAAGGUCCUCUCACCCCCCUUGCAACCGUCCCAGCCACGGGUGACUCCGCCAGGUCGAGUCCACAGACCGACAAGCCCAGGCAGAAAAUGGGAAAAGAAAUGUUUAAGGAUUUCCAGAUGGCCCAGCCUCCGCCUGUGCCCUCCCGCAAACCCGACCAGCCCUCCCUCACCUGCACCUCAGAGGCCUUCUCCAGUUACUUCAACAAAGUCGGGGUGGCACAGGAUACGGACGACUGUGAUGACUUUGACAUCUCCCAGUUGAACUUGACACCUGUGACUUCUACCACGCCAUCCACCAACUCACCUCCAACCCCAGCCCCUAGACAGAGCUCUCCAUCCAAAUCAUCUGCAUCCCAUGCCAGUGAUCCGACUGCCGAUGACAUCUUUGAAGAGGGCUUUGAGAGUCCCAGCAAAAGUGAAGAGCAAGAAGCUCCUGAUGGGUCACAGGCCUCAUCCAACAGUGAUCCCUUUGGUGAGCCCAGUGGGGAGCCCAGUGGUGAUAAUAUAAGUCCACAGGCCGGUAGCUAGAUAGCACAGGUCUGGGAGCCGGAGCCUCUCUAUGCGCAGAUCAACAGAUGUAAGAAAUAGCGUCGAUGCGGGCUUGUGGCGGGUGCUUCAAGACUGGCAUGGAAAUCAGAUCGCGACAGGCUCUCUUGUAUUCUUUCACCUCUCGUCAUCCCACGAAGAAAUUCACGAUCGCCCAAUGGAACUCCUUUGGAAGAGGAAACUAAGAGGUUUUGGCAACCGCUGGCAGAGGUCUAUGGCAGCACAAAAACAAACACACAGAAAUAUAAAAAACCAUCCCCAGCAUCAAAUCACAAAUCAAGCAAGUGCGCACCCAACACAUGUUCCAGGCUCUCUUAGCAUGGGUUUAAGAUGACCCAGUAUGUGAAACCCGAAUUCUCUUUUUAUUUCUCAACCUGUUGACCACUGUAAAGACAUCUGAUUUGGAGUGACAGGCCUCAGAGAGGUACAUCAGGGUUGGCACUGACGUCAUUUAGGCGAAUGUAAGGUCUGUGUCACCACAAGAUGCUCAUUCGUAUGCCUUUCCACAUAGGAUGGUAUAAUUACAACGCUCCACAAGGCCUGGUCUGCCGUUUUUUCCCCUUUCCUUUAUUAGUCAUGUUUGAAAUUAAUGAGUGUACAAAUUUUUGUAUUGCUUUGACUUUUUUUUUAAGAUAUUGAUGAAGAAAUUCAAUUGGGAAAAAAGAAAAAACCCCAUAUGAAAUGAAUUCACUUGAAAUCAUCACAAGACAAAUAAGUGGCUGAUGAUUCUUUUUGAUUAAGAAUGUUGCCAAAACAACCCUUUAAGCUCUUCUGCAUCCUGGUGAAGAAAGACAGAUUUCAGUUUAACCUUCACUCUGUGAGUAGGAAAGGACAUCGAAUCCCAUUGAUGAGAAAGAUGAAAAGUACAUCUGAUUUCCUCAGAAGCUCUAAACUCUUUAAGUUCAAUAAAAUGAGAUUUUUUUAUUUUUCCGAUAUCUUGCUGCUGUGAUGCUAUGCAGACAAGUGUCUUCUCCAUGUGCCAUUUUCAAAGAAAAGUCAUUUGCCAAAUACUUCUGGUACAAUCCUGGUAAUGUGGUUUGGGAUUUUAAAAAAUCGACUUGCUAAUGGAACAGUGGUGACAUGAAUAUUCAGAGUAACAAACUGAUUCUGUGGUCACGAUAGUUCAUCUCUAUCUCUUUUUGUACAUCAGAAAAUUCAAAUGGGAUUUUUAUUUUAUAACUUAAAAAAAAAAACCUUACCAUUAAACUCUUUAAAUAUUUAAGGGAAAUGGCUUUAAGGAGUUCUAAUGAAAAAAAAAAAAUUGCCCGUUUGUGUUUUUUUUUGUAAAUAUAAAUGUUAAUGAAAAUGUUUUUUUUAAUAAUGCCAUUACACUGUAGAGAAGGUAGCAGAUUGAGUGCAGAAUGUGACAAACGUGAUGGGUGGGGCUCACUUUCUGGAGACUACUGUGGAGCUCUGGUAGGAAUUUGGAGUUCAGGGACAUCUGGCAGGAUCGGUCAGCCAAUCAGCAGCUAGUGAUCAGUAAGGGAGCACGUGGCUCCAACCUCUCAUCUAAGUCUUUUUGUGAGAGUACGACACUCUCUGUAAAACAAGAAAGAAACAGUUCAUGCUCUGAAGGCCUGUCCUUCAGAUUCUGAAACUCCCUCCCACCUCUCCACUCCCACUGACCCUGUAGACAUCACUGGACUGUUUGUAUGUGAAACAGAAGAAUUUAAGCUUCCUUUUUUUACAUUUAUGAGACAAAAAGUGCAGUGUUUGGUUCGUAUGUUUAGCACAUGAUUUUCAUAAAGAAUCUAUAUAUUUUUGCCCUACAGAGAAUAUUGUUCUACAGGUCAACUGUGUUUUCCUGAUGUUCCUAUGCAGUUACAGUAUGUUGAAUUGAAUGGUUUAACACUAAGAAGAAACCUUUAAAGAAUCAUGGGAUGAAUUGGAUUGGGGGUGGGGGUGAUUAUCCUUACUUGGUUUUAAAAUUUGAAAAGUAGAAUUUACCUUGAUAUGAUUGACUGCCAUCGGCCUGUGUACUUUGAUACUUCGUAUCAACAGAAACUAAAAUGAUUUGGAAGAAGGUAUCCUUGGUGACCAAGGUAAAAAUUGAGAAGUCAAGGUAAUUGUUACUGUUUGAAGCCCAUGUUUUACACUGUCAGGUCACUGGAAUCUAAAUGUUUUCCAGUUAACUGGCAAAUGUCCAUUGCAGAAUAGAUGUGUCACCCUAACAUGGAAGGUCUGAAGAACUCGAGAGCUGAAAAGGGCCAUUACCUUCCUCUGUAGCUGUCACAUUUUGGUUGACAUGACUUAUUCAGGAAUGUGCAUACUUUGGAUGAGCUGAUCCUUCCAUGUGAAGGGGAAAAUGGGAAAGGUGUGAUAACCAUGAGAGUUGUCCUGAGACCAGUUCAAUUGCGUUUUCUGGGGAUUUGAUGAGAUAGGCAGUUCCCACGGGGAAGUAACUUAAAUUGCUCUGUUGUCCGUGAUUCUGAUUCUAAACCAGUGGUGCUAUCUUCUCCCUCAAUAUGGUUGUCUUGAGUUUGUCUUGCAGUAUCACACCCUUCCACUGAUUCUGCAGGUUGCUUCUGACAUAUUCAAAGUGAACUCUGGCUGAUGUGGCUGUUUCAGGUACACCAUCUGGAGCUCAUUUCAUAGCGGAAAGUGACAGCCCAGGGGAUUUGUCAUCAUUCAUUGAGUGUGGGUGAAAAUGUAGCUGGCUCUGAACUUAAAGAAGAUGGCCCCUGUAAUGCAUUAAAGUGAGGGAAAUAAAGUCAAGAUUUUAAACUGCCAUCCAUGUUAUCAUUGGCUGAAUUCUGCUGUCUAAUAAGCACUGUUUGGGGAACUCGGAACCACCGUAUUCUAUCCCAGGAAAACAGUGAAAUUUCCAAGUAAGAGCUGAGGUGCAGAUACCAAAAGGCCAUGGGGGGUACGCACAGUUCCAGUUAGACUGAUAGAAAAUCCACGUGUACAACUGUUAAUUCCUCAUCCUUCACUAGCACGAAAUUUGUCACUUUAAAUUUUGAAACCAGGGAAACACCACCUGUCAUUCUGUCCCCAUUCCCCACAGCUCUCUUCACACCCCGCGAGACUUUUUUGAUAAUUCGUACUCAUCCCUGUGUCUGCUGAAUCCCCAUCAUGUAAUGUACCGGGCACCUUUAAAAAAAAAAAAAAGUUUACUCUGUGGGUUUGGUUCAUUCCAAUUUCUGCGUUCUGACACAUAUUUUUUUAAUAAAGAUGAGAAAGAGAAAAUGACUCUUGCAGUACAUUUCUAGACCUACUUUAACUUUACCUCAGAUGACAGUUUGUUAACAUAUAUGGACACAUUAUUUUUAACUUUAUGUACAAUGCAUUCAACAGAACAGCAAAAUUUUUAGAAAUUUUCCAUUAAUUUCUGUAACACACCAUGUAAAACUGUUACAAAUAAACAUGUUUGAGAACAACACCUUA